GGCGCAGAUCUGCCGCAGCUGGACCGGGCGGGAGCAGAACCACACCGGCCUGCAUUCAUCCUUCUCUGUGAAUCCGAGGAACUGAUCAUCUUUUUCACUCCACCAUGAGGGAUUACACGGCCACCCCGAGCAACGGCGGAGGCUGCAUGCCGUGUUGCCAAGUUUGCGUUUUCAUUUUUACCGCAUUCCUGAUCGUUGCGGAGAGGACGGCCGUGAUCUACUGCUUUGUGUAUUACAUUUGGAUUGGCCACAACUACUGCUAUGCUCAUCUUGCUGGCUUCACGGCACUCUUCCUGCUACCAGGUUGGGGUCCACAGUGGCUCAGUUAUCUGUGGUAUCUCUCAGAUGGAAAAAUCCCCAGGAAAUCUCUCAGAUGGACUCACAUAUUACACCUGGGUAUCUUUAAAAGGCUGUGGGAUUGUAUGCGUCUCCCGGAUGAGGAAGUGUAUGGAGAAAUCAUGCAGCAGGCUGAUGUAUCUGCGUUACGUCUGUUUGAGGCCUUGGUGGUGACGCUCCCCGAAACGCUGCUCCAGACCUACGUACUGAUCUGUACCGACAUGGGAGUCCGCUCUCCUGCCUCGGUGUGUUUUGCUGUGUGUUUGCUGUCUCUGGCCUGGGCGCUGGUUCUCUACGCCAGAUCCUGCUCGCUCAUCAGACCGGGACACCUGCACAUGACUCCAGCUGCCAUUCUUUGCCGACUCCUGUGGAGGGUUGGCAUGUUGGGAUCCCGGUUUGCUGUGCUCAUGCUCUUCACACGCAUCUUCAAGCAGUGGGUCCUGGGAGUCAUUGGUGUGCACUGGCUGGGUGCGACUUUCUGGAUGGUGUCUCAGCAGACCGACGUCAUCCGUUCAACUAGUCGAUGGAGUAUUUUCAACCUCGUYCUGGGAGCCGUUCAUGUCUUUCUCUUCCUCAACGUGAAGUACGGUCCAUCCAGGUACCGCAUGGCUGCGUUUUACCUGGUCAUGUUUUUAGAGAACGCUCUUCUUCUUCUGGCCUCCUCCUGGUUUUUUGCAAUGGUGUCCUGGGACACUGUGGGGAUCCCGGCUGCAGUCUUYUGCAGCUUCCUCAUUGGUGUGAUAGCGUUGGUGCUGUACUACCGUUUCCUGCACCCCAAGUCUUUUGAGAUCUUCCAGAGUAUUCGCCACAGGGGGAUCGGUGGGGCUUGCAUGGAGCGAGGAUCUACACUCUCACUGGAGGAGAAAGUCGAGCCCAAUUUCCAUCACCGUACAACAUUGUCUGGAGGUGGGACCCUCAUGGACCUGCCCAUCCAAUGGGAAGGCUGGAAGCAUCACCACUGGCUGCUGAUUCGUUUAGCUCUUAAGACAGGAGACGUUUCCAGGAUCUGGACAGCGUACGGAGAAGGCGGACUGGCUGGACUCAUGGGUCUCCCUGAAGAGGUUCACUCCCCUGACAUGCAUCACGUACCCCGGGUUCCACCUCCUCAACCGAGAGUUCUUCAAAUCUCACACCCAGUUCCUCAACCGSCCCCCCCACUUCCUCCACCACAGGUCGUCCAAACUCCUCAGGUGAGUGAAGUCGUCCAGCCACCUAAACCAGCUCACAGCAGCGUUGUGGCCCGACCAGUGAGAAAAGCUCCUCCCACAACCAUCAAGGACAUGAGGUUUCCAGAGAUCAUCCCUUUCCAGGAGGUCAUUCCUGAGGAAACCACAGAGGACGAAUUAAGCGCGGCUCCAUCAGACGAUAAAGGUGAGGAGGACUUCCAGAGCGCUGCUUACGGCUCACCGUCUCUGUCAUCUCCUCAAUAUGGAGGAAGCCUCCGCCACAUCGACAGCAACGCCGCGUCUCUCACAGAGGCGUCCUCCUCCGUGGCGUCUCUGGACAUCAAGACACCCGGCUGGUCCCCUGAGCGCCGCUCUCCUCUCCUGUUGGCCUCCCCAGAGAAGAAGGAGGGAACCCCAGCAGAAUCCAACACUACUCUAUAUUUCAGUGCAGAUGCACCGUCGCCGUCCAGCGGCAGCUACCUGGGCUGGGGCUCAGAGCUGUCACCUAUUUCCUCCUACAGAAGACCCUAUCGGAUCAGAGAAGCCCGCUUUGUCACGUCCACCCCUCGACUGGAGGCUGCAGGCGGAGCUGAAAGCCCCAGCCCGACGCCGGUUGUUAUCAUUCCUGCCACUCCCGGCACAACACCGGGUACCACUCCAGGAGGAACACCUGGAGCCACCACACCUGCAGCUUCCACUCCUGGUGCYGCCACACCUGGUACUCCACUCACACCAGUCAUCUCCCACGCUCGCAAACAGAUGGUGCAGUUUGUGGACUUUAGAGAGAAUUUAGUGUAAUGUAAAGGAAAAGGAAAAGCUAACAUUUCCAGUUCAGCUGUUCAGUAUAUAAAAGCAUUCUUGUAUUAACUAACUUUUUGGAGAGUUAUGAAAUCUUUUUAGGCAGUCAUAGAGUUCAUAUAUAAAUUAUUUAUCUUUUUGAGCAGACAGAUUAUAUUACAGAAAAUAGGAAUGUAAACUGAUGGCUCUUCCAAUAUCUGGACUGCACACAGAUUUUUAAGAGUUAACAAUUAAAGGUGACCUAUUUUGCUUCCUUGGUCAAGUUAGGAUUGGUCUAUGGGCAUUAUCUUUGCACAAAAUAAUUAUUAGAUGACAUUUACUCUGUUCUUUUCAGAAUGAGCUGUUUUAGGGCCUCAUGUUA